AGCUGUAGCUCACGAAAGCUUAUGCUCUAAUAAAUUUGUUAGUCUCUAAGGUGCCACAAGUACUCCUUUUCUUCUAGUGUCUACUGCACACAAUAACUUCUAGGUUGUUUGUUAACCCAGUGACACUCAGCAUUCUGGCUGGGGCCGGCUAAUGCAGACAAACCGCAGCCUUUCCUGCAGCUCUGCCAAAGCUCCUCCCGCCCUGCCAGCCCAGCUCCAAGUGCAGCUUUAGUUGUGCUGAGCGGUGUGGUGUUUGCUCAUGUGUCCACUAGGGCCCAGGCUAUGACCACCCAACUCUCUCUCACUUCUGCCCAGAGACAGAGAAAAGGCUGAUGCUGCCUCUCCUGCCAUCCAUCAGGCCCUGUAUGUGUAUGACUAUAGAUUAGAAUGACUCUUUCCUGUCUACCUCUGUUUCUCUUAGUAACCAGGUAACACAGCAGCAGUGCCCUUCAUGGUGUAGACUCGUAUUAAAACAGAACCAUCUGAAAGACGAUCUGCCUGCAAAUGGCAUGGCUGAACCCUGUCCUGGAAGAAAAUUCCAAGGCUUUUUCAACUACUAUUAAGUAAAACAUUGUGGCUAUACCUAAAUAUGAACAGAACUCAUCCUCAGAGAAAUUUUGGUAGAAUCUCAUUUGAUUCAACAAAGUUCUCCCCUGAAGAAAGAGAUCGCUGCCAUGAAUGCAGGGCAUGUUUAAGUUGUACUCGAAGAUGCCUCUGUAUCUCCAUUAUUGCACUGCUUGCACUCGGUGUCGUAGGUGCUGUCAUUGGUUUUGCCAUCACAUUUGGACUCCCGCCACCCACUCAAGUGAACCGUUUCUGUGUGACUUCAGUUAACCAGACUGGCUUUUUGUGUGAUGACAGAGUAACCUGCCUUCCAGCCAGUAGGAUCUGCAACAGAAUCAGAGAGUGUAUUAAUGGAGAGGAUGAGCAGGAGAAAUUAUGUAAUGAUUUGCCCAAUAGCCUUCCAGGAUACUUGAUCUUCCGCUGCAGCAACCCUGUGUACUGGAUCUAUGCUGAUAAGAAGUGUAAUGGCGCAAAUGACUGUGGAGACUGUUCUGAUGAAAAGGGGGCCUUGGCUAGCUGCCCUCCUUGUGGGACUCAGUGGUGGAGCUGCACACCGGUGUUUUACGAGUAUUGCACCUGCAUUCCCAAGGCCCUCUGCAGAGACAGAAUCCAGCACUGCUCAGACUGGUCUGAUGAGUAUGCAUGCAAUAGAUGAAGUACCUAGAGCCAAGAGCACUUAGGAGCAGGACCUCUUCAUAAUCCCCAAGCAGAAAACCCAAUGCUCUGUGGCAGAAACCAGAUACCUAAAUGAAUGACCACAGCUACCAAGCAGAACACAGAAAUAGCUACAAUUUCAAACAGAGGGAAUUGCAGAGAGGAGAAACCCACCUUACAAAACCACUUUGCCUGCAAAGCCAUUCAGCAACAACCUACUAAAGGCUAUCUGUCUGUCAGGCUUCCAGACUGGUCCCUCAGGUGGAAUAUUGUUUGUUUUGCCUGUAUUAUGUGUCUGAGUUGGAUGGUCAGUUUAUGAUGGUAGGGACCUUAUCUUCCUUUGUUUGUACAUUGUUCAGCUAAUAAUAAGGGCCAGAACAGAGGGAGAAAUGGAAACAAAGAUUGAAGCAAGUUUUUUCCACCAAAUGCAUCCGAUGAAGUGAGCUGUAGCUCACGAAAGCUUAUGCUCUAAUAAAUUUGUUAGUCUCUAAGGUGCCACAAGUACUCCUUUUCUUUUUGCGAAUACAGACUAACACGGCUGCUACUCUGAAACCUUUGGGGUGUGUGUGUCAGAAUACUGGGCAACAACAGCAGUGCCCACACUGAUCAUUAUAUCACCAAUUAAAUCACCUCAAGCUAAGCGGGGAGAUAGCUGUGCCUGUUUGACAGAUUAGAAUGGGCUGGGGAGAGGUAAAGCACUAAUUAACCGAGGGAGUAGAACAAGACAGGAAGGAAGUGGCAAGGGAAACCAGAGAGAGAGAGGCGGGCUGUGAGAGCCCAGGCCUGAGAGAGAUCUCCUCCCUUUCCUAGCCUUGGUAGCCUGAGCAAUUAUAUAUUAUUGCACCUGAAAGAUGAUGGGGGAACACUGUAAAUACACCAUGGGUGAUGUCUAUGAGCGGAGAGUCUCCAAGCAGCCUGAGUGUGCAGAGAAAGACGGGAGUGGAGGGGACACCCUCUUACAUGUGGGGAUUUGUACAGAUUAAGGUAAGAUCCUGGACAGACAGAGAGCCUCCACGUGAAGGUUUGGCAGCCUGGAUAAUGGAGGAGAACCCGCAAUGGCUGGCGGAACAACAAAAGAGAAUGCAGAAGACCUUGCAAAGCUUCCAGUAGUGUCACCACCUGGAGAGACAAGUGUUGCUCGCCUGGCAGGCAGAACAGCAAAAAAGUCUGUAUGACUUCAUCCAAGAGCAAACGACUGUGCAGCAGCAGUGAUGACAAAGGGCAGUGAGUCCCAUAGCAGGGAAUGGCAAAUCCGUACAGGGACUGGCCUCUGUAAGAUAUGACUCAAAUGCGUUAAUUGGCAUCUUUGGAAGGGUGGAUAUGAGCAGGGCUCAAACUACAAGAUGGUGAAGGCAGCCAUCUUGGAUUGGGUGGGCCUGUCUGCUGAAAAGUAUGACAGAAGUUCUAAGCUGUGAGAUGGAUGGGCCAUCUGAUGUCUGAGACUGGACACCCAAACUGUGGGGGAGAUUAGGAAUGUUCUGAUUUUUGAGCCUCUCCAAGAGCAUGCAGGUCUGGGUCAGACAGCAUCAGCUAGGUACCUUAGAUGAAGCAGUUAAACUGACAGAGGAGUUUGGGGAAGCAGGCUUCCCCAGGAAAGAAGGCCGACCAUUUAGGGAAUCAGAUCCAGGAAAGAAGUGUGGGGAACCCCCUGCCUAGAAGUGUGUAGAGGAGAAGAGUCCAGAGAAGCUCUGACAAGUACUCAUACAUUUACCUAUUACCAGAGUGGGAAGCGGGGACACUUGAAAAGAGGCUGUCCAUACAUGGAAUGCAAGGUGUUUUGCCAAGGUCGGUAGUUGGGCUGGGAUUCUCAGGCAGGUGAAAGAAAAUAAACUGUCUACCAUUUCUGUGAUGGUGGGGAGGAAGAGUUAAAGGGGCCUGGUAGACACAGCCCCAGCUUGCUUUCUGGUCCAGCGGGCAUUGUGUUGGAUCAUAUUAAAGUAGUUCUGUAUUAAAAUCACAAAUGAGUUUUUGAUUCUUCAUAGUUUAAAUUCCAGGGUACUACUAAUUAAGAAGUCUCUUGGUUUUUUGUACUGUUUCUCUCCCUCUAUGUGUGAAACUUGCAAGCUGCUAAUUGUGUUAGUACAUUCUAAGACAGAGUCUGUUCUCAAAGCAAUUCUUUGUAAUAACUACUCACACACAGAAAGAAAAG